UCCUAUCCUUUUAUCUACUGCCAUCUAUACGCAUUUUUAACAAUUACAAAACUGACAGUUCACCAUUUUUUGACAUAAACCGCAUAAACCUCAUAAAAAGACUAAUUUAGCCCCCUUUUCGAGAUCAUGGACAAUCUAAGUCCCUUCAUAUACUGGGCACAAUCCUCCAAAAACAUCUUUUUAAAAGUUGAUGUCCGAAAUGUUAAGGAACCACAAGUAAAUAUUGAAGGUAGAAAAAUCACGUUUUUCGGUGAAGGAGAAGGCGCUAGGGGUUUAAAUAAAUAUGAAUUUGCAAUGGAUUUUUACGGGGAUGUGUCAAAAGAUUACACUAUGAAAAUCCACGAUUCAAAGGUCGAUUUUAAUUUGGUUAAAACGGAGGAGGGGUUUUGGCCUCGAUUAAUAUCGCAACCUCAAAAACCUGCUUGGUUAAAAAUCGAUUUCGAUAAGUGGCAAAGUGAGGAAGACUUGAAUGAUGAAGUUCGUGAUAUUCGUGAUGAUUAUCCCGAUAUUUACGAGAAGUUGCAAAAAGAAGAACAAGGUUAUAAAAAAGAUUUUAAAAAAGUCUUUAUGAUUUGCCACAAUUUCUUCAUGUACUUAGGCUUUUUCUACAUCCUGUGCGUUUUGGGUGUUCGCUUUUUAAAAGAAGGUCCCGAUUCAUACUCCGGGACUUACGAUUCAGUUGGAUUUUUAAUGAAGCUACUUCACGUUUUGAUGUCUUUAGAAAUAAUUUAUCCGAUUUUAGGUUACUCGAAAGGCUCACCAUUGAUUAAUUUUAUGCAAAUUUUCGGCCGUUGUUUCGUUUUAUUCGGAAUGAUUUCUCCAGAGCCUCGAAUGCAAAUAAAACCAGUUGUUUUCUAUUUAUUCCUUGUUUGGAGUUCAGUCGAACUUGUUAGAUAUCCUUAUUAUAUAACGCAAUUAUAUAAGAAGGAAAAUGCUUGGUUAACUUGGUUGAGGUACACGGUUUGGAUACCUUUGUAUCCCUUAGGAUUUCUUUGUGAAGGAAUUAUUGUAUUAAGAAGCAUUCCCUAUGCUGAAGAAACUAAGUUAUUCACUUUGUCUUUACCGAACUAUUAUAAUUUCGUUUUUGAUUAUCCAACAGUUUUAAGAAUUUAUAUGUUUGUGUUUGUAAGUUCUAUGUAUUCCAUGAUGUCUUAUAUGUAUAAAGGGAGGAAGGCCAGAUUAGGACCCCACAAAAAAAGCAAAAUUCAAAAGAUUAAGUGAGAGUGUGUUUUACAUUUAUGUCCUUUAUUCAUUUACAUUUAUAGAAAUUUUGCUUGUUAUUGUUUUUUUAUUGUGUUGUUAUUUAAAUAAAGGUUUUCUAUGUUAGUUGAA